AUUGGAUGAAAAAUAAUUAGUCCCAUUUACUUGUUGCCGUUGAGUUUCAAAUGGUGCCCACUUUUAUUCUUCCUUCGCACGUGACUCUUUUGUUGUUCAUAGUAGCUACCUAUUUAUGGUUAUUCCAACUUUCCCAUUCUUUUUGUUAUGAAUAUGUAGUAAAGAUACCUCUCUUGUUGGGUGGUAUAUACCUUUCAUUGAUUGUGUUUCAGGCAGCACAGGAAGGACGCAGGCCGUGGAAUCCAAAUAAACUCAGCCAUCACGACAACAAUACAAGUAUUCGUCAGCAACAAUUAGCAUAUAGGGAGAGACUAUUGGUUCUUAAAGAGAAAGAAAUGGAAAAAAAAUUUAUUCAAUUGCAAAAAAGCCUUGCUGAUAAAUUGCAACUUUGUAUGGUUCAAACAGAGAAGAACAACUUGAAAGAAGAUACAAAAUCGCCUCUAUUGAGCAACAGCUAUGAAUUGGAAGAACCGAAAUGCACAGAGAUCAACUUCCUUCCUCCCAAGAAGAGUACGUUAUCAAAGGAAUCAGAAACCAACGGAAAAGAACGAAAGAUAACCAAAAGAAAGUGGUUCCGAAGAAGAUUUUUCCACAAGAAUACCAUAUGAAACUUCAAAACGAAAAUUCAAUUAUAGAAAAACUUGUAAUGCCUUGAAUUGUAACAUUGUUGUAAAAAAACUGGACCUUUUCCAAUAAUAUUC